CUCCCGGUCAACGCCCUCUCGCCGCCCUUGGACCAUGCGCGCGUUUGCAUAGACAAAUCCACGCCGCGACUUUCUUUUCGCUUCUCAGGCUGUGCCACGUCAACUUUAUCCUCUGCCACGCGUCUUGCGCACCCCAUCGCGCCCGGCGCCCAUUGCUAAACACUCUUCCGUUUCUCUGCAACCGCCAUGUCUUUAUUCGGAGGUAGCACGCAGACUCCCUUUGGGAGCAGCGCUUCUCAGAAUAAGCCGAGCCUUUUUGGCAGCUCGACCAACCAGAACACCCAGCAGAGCGGCGGACUCUUUGGCAGCUCGACCAACCAGCAGAGCAACACUGGUACAGGUCUCUUUGGCGGCGGCAGCAGCUUCAUGGGAGCCAGCCAACAGCCUCAGGGCACCGGCCUGUUUGCUUCCCAGCAGAAGGAGCAGCCUCCAGGCAACUUGUUCGGGAGCGCCAGGCAGACCGUCUUCGGGAGCUCCCUUCCUCCGCCCACUGCGCCAGUCUCGCUGAAUGCGUCAAGCUCGGUGUGGCAGCCGCCUCCUCCAGCUCACCAGAAGACUGUCCCCGAUCAGAUGGCAGAUCUUCUUGCCAAGUGGUCGCCCGAUUCGGGCACUACGGUUUUCCAGAACUACUUCUACAACCAAGUCGAUCCGCGCACCGUCCCGUACUACGUCGCGCCCGCCGACGAGGACCCGAAGGCCUGGGAAGAAGCGCUUUCGAAGAAGCCCAAUGAGGGCGCGAUACCGGUACUGGGCAGAGGCUUCCGCUCUGUGGCGGGUCGGUUAGAGACGCAGGCCAAGGCCGUCGAGGCCCUGCAAUUGCGUCUGCACGAGAUGAACGACAGCCUGACGCAGAUGCUCCAGCAGCAUGACCUUAUUAUCUCGGUCAGGGCAACCGAUGCGAAGAGGAGACACAUUGCGCUGACGCAGCGCUGCUUGGCGCUGGCCACGAAGUCGCAAAUCCUGCGAAACAGAGGAUACGCUAUGGAUGCGAGGGAGGAGCAGCUGAGGAAGACGCUGCUGCAGCUGGAGAAGAAGGCUUUUGACCCCAUGCUCAACGGGCGUCAAGAAGAGAUUUGGGCGCGGAUGAGCGGUGUCAGGCAGCGGGCAAAACUCUUGCAGGCAGAGCUGCAAAAGAUGGGCAACGGCACAGGCAGUGCUGAUAAUGAGGAAUUGGACGAGGAGAAUCUGAAGUCGAUCAAGAAGGUUCUGGGCGACUUUGACUCGCAGCUCACCCAUCUGAAGAAGGAGCUUGAUGAGAUCACGAAGGAGUUUACAGAGUGGAAGGAUGGUCCGGAACCCGGCGCGCAUGGAAGAUGAACUGGCGAACUGGCGAACUGGCAUGCCUGAAUUGGAUAGGUAGGACGGCUUGGCUAAUACCAGAUACCAUGCUGCACGAUUAUCAAUACAAAAGCUUCAAUGUCCUGGAGUCGUUGUGCGCGCGAAGCUAUCUGAAGGUGCUCCGGCGGGCUAGACUUGAUAAAAUACAUCCGGCGUACAGCGUGUGCAGCCUCGAAAGUACACCAAUACCGCUCUUUCGUAAACUCUGCGGUUCUAAUAUGACGUCCGAAUUACCAUCGUUUACGUCCUCUUCGUGCUGGAUAUGUAGAGUACAGUAGGAACCAUCGAUCGUCUUAAAACAUGCGCUGGGCGUACUCGACAGCGAAGGGAGAGAUGUGGAGGAGAACGCAAAUGACGGCGGCGGCGGUAAGGCCUUGGCUGG